GGCCACCGGGUGAGGUGCGGGCUGCCCAGGCGCCGGGGGUGCGGGAGCGAUGCCCGCGGGGGCCCGGCACCGCGCUGUGCGGCCGCGGGGUCCUGCCGGGAGAGCCGCUUUAAAGCAGCGCUGAGCAAUCUCAUUUUUCACACGUCUCCUGUAGUCAAACUGCCCCUGUCAGAGGAAAGGAGUUGCUUCCUGUUAUUUCCAUUGAAAUACUUGUCCCGCUCGUUAGCCGGCAGGCUUUUACAGGAUGGCACCGUGCGCGCCGAAGGGCUCCGUCCGGCUCUGCCGUGGGCUUCUGCUGCUGUGGGCUCUACUGGGGACUGGGCUCUGCCACAUAGGCGCUGAGGCAGAGGGCUUCAGCCAGGAUGCCAGGACGAGCCCGCCUGAGACCAUAUUCAACUGGACAGCCCCGCUCAUUGAGGAAACAUACACCAACAUCACGCAGAAGUGCUGGGAGAUUUUUGUUGACCUGAUGAGGAACGUGACAGCGUCGGAGCUGUGCGAGUGGAAAGUCAUCAGCAGGCCCUACAGCUUGCUGCAAGCCUGCCUGGAGGACUGGGCUGACCACCUGCGUUAUGGCUACCCCAACGCGCUGGCAGAGCAGUACAUCUUCCAGAGCCACCAGCGCUACUUCCACAACUGCACCGUGGAGCACCAGGUCUACUUCGAUCCACCCGAAGACGUACUGCUGGCCAUGAUCAUCACUCCCAUCUGCCUCAUCCCCUUCCUGGUCACCCUGGUCAUCUGGCGCAGCAAGGACGGGAAAGCUCAGCCCUAACACCGCUGCCCGGGUCCCCGCAGCCGGUCCCUGCUGCCUGCGGUGGGCAGAGGGCGGGUAGAAAGUGGGCAGCGGCGGCCCUGCAGACCCUGCGCCCGGGUGCCGCCCCGCAAUUCCCGACCACCGCGCUGCGGGGCCGCCCCGGGGAGACUCCCGAGGCUCCCGGCACAUGCUGCCGGGGCAGCCGAUUCCCGCUGCGCCGCCUCCAGCACCAACCCCAACCCGCCUUCCCCGCACCACCGGCCCAGCGGGUGCUGAUUAAACGCUUCUCCCCCCA